UAGGUUGGAUUCAAGCUCAAACAGGGGACUUCAGCCAAUCCCUUUGAACCACGAAUGCAUCCAUAUCAUUGGCCAGUGAACUGGUGGAGCUAAGACCCUUGUCCAAUCAGCUAUGUAAGACUGGGAAGUUUGAAGCCCCUAUAAAAGAGGGCAUCUUUUGUUCUAACAGCAGUGACUUCUAUUUUUCCCUACAUGGUCCUGCUACAAUGCAUCUUUCACAGCUCUAAUUCUCUAAAAUAUCUAGUCUUUUUGCAGGGACGUGUUUUGAAACUUUUUGAAGCAUGUUUUUAGUUCAAUCUCAUUCUGUCAACAAUGUCAUCUCUAUUCCAUGGCCUUCCUAAGUCAGCACACCUUAUCUCAGUGUUUGCAUACAGAUGUACAAGACUGUGAUCAUUCUGUCAGAUUUUGAGAAUUCUUUACAAAUCCAUUUCCCACAGCCAUUCAAUAAGCAGUGGCUGUUGCUGCACUAAUUCAGUGUAUGUGUAUGUCACAUUCCUGUCUCCACCAUCAGCGACUUUUGUCUGUAAUUUCGUAUCUUUAUGAAAAUAUGCAUUGAUAUUUUUGCGUUUCUGUGUUUCUAGUUACUUGUAUACCAAAGCACUUAUUUUUUAAAUUCUUACUUAUUGCAGAUGUUAUUUUUUAUGUAGUAUAUUUUAAAAUGUUAUUAAAAAACACAUUUUGGGUCAUUUUCCUCAUUCUUAAAAAAUAUCCACAAGCCAUUUUAAUCUCUGUCUCUCAAAGUUAUUUCAUACCUGUCUGUUUUAAAUGAGGACUACAGUAUUUUAAUAGGAUUAAGAGGGGUCCAUGAAAUGCACACCAGUGAUUCCUCUUGUGGAAUGUCAUGGCCCUGCCAUGACCCUCUUUUAUUUUCUUUUCUUUCUUUCUUUUUUGUUUUUGUUUUGUUUUGUUUUGUUUUUUGGUUUUUUUUUUUUUUGUUUUGUUUUGUUUGUUUUGUUUUUUAAUUGCAAACUUAAGCCAGAUGAGAAGAACAAAAACAAUGUCAUGAUCCUUUGGGAGCAUCCUUGCUGAUCUUUCUGCUUUUUCAGUUGAGCAAGGCUCUGAUCCAGGCAAAGAGAUUGCACUUAGUGACACAGAACCAUUUGGCUGGAACUCUGGUGAUUUCUAGUAACAGCUGGAGGCCUGGAUCUCCACAGGGUGCUUUGGCUGUCCCAGGCUUUGUUGGCUUUUGGCUGCAAAUACCAUUGCCCUUGCUUUCUUGUCCAGAAGUACCAUGGCUGGGCAAAAACUGGCAGUGGGCCAUGUUCCAAAGGCAGUUUGGGCUGGAGUUUGUGAAGGAAGGAGACCCUUAUCCAAUUCCAAACCACAUUUAAAAAAUCGUAAAAGAGAACUUCCCAUCCUUAACAAGCAACUGACAAUUCAGAAGUGGAUGCAGAGCUUAUUUACAGAAUGAAAAGGAAGGAAAUCUUCCAAUGGAGUUGUGGUUUCUGAAGUUUUUACUCUGACUCCCACUCACAGCUAGCACUGGAGAAAGCCACAUCCCUGGAAGUGCCAGUGUCUUCUGCCUGCCAUGAAUUGUUUGGCUGCAACCAUCAGAGGCAUCAGGCUGGAGACAGGCUCAGCUGACAUUAGGAGCAGGAGCUGCCCCAAGGAGAAAAAAAUGAAUGAACUUGUACCUCCCAAACCCAUCUCCCCACAGGUUCCAGCAGGAUUCCUUUGGUUCUCAGAAAUACACUGAAAUAGGGCUGAGAAGACCAUCUGGAUCUAUGUGUUCAUGCCCAAGACCUUGCUGAUGCUGUUUGGGUUUUGCCAUUUUUCUUUUCUAUGUUUUCUAUAUUCUUUGCACAUAUAUUUGUAGCUCUGUAGCCUACUGUAUUAGUGACCAGUUUUCCCAAUACUUUUCCACGGCCCUUCCCUUCGCAGAAAGACAAAACAAAUUCCAGAGUUCCAAGCCCCAGUGCCAUCUUGGUUCUUCCUGGGAGACAAGAACUCUUUGAGAUACAUUUUAAUGGACAAAGUACAGCCAGUGCCAAGGUGGGGGAACUCCAGAGAAGGAACUUCACCCGGGGGGGAACUGCAUCACCACUUGUUCUCCUCAUUGGUGUUUUUUAUCAAUUAUGCUAAUUUCCUAAAAUCUACAAAUACGUAGGUACAGAUAUGUACUCAUCCCUGGAGGGAUGAGAGUUUCCAUAACUGCCCCUGAAAACAUUCAAAUAAAGAUCUGCAUUUAUAUUACCUCCUUACCAAAAUUAUCUCUACCUUCAUUUCCAGGUUGGGAAAAAGGCAACAUUGCCAUCUCAGGCAAACCUGACCCAUAUCCUCACUAAUUUAUUCAUCAAGGUGUCUUCAAUUUGCUGGGAUUUUUACCCUGCUAGUUCUGUGAGAAUGUUGCUUGCUGUCCAAAAAUGUUCUUUUCAGGAAACUCAAGAUAUUUGCUUAGGUUGCCCUUUUCUACAGACUCGGGCUAUUGUUGAAAAACAUGAAGGGCACAAACCAUUGCUCAGGCAACUCCAACAAGUCUAAGAAAUGUUGAUCCCAGUAGGGCUUAGGCCCUUGUUCUGUCAAUUGACAGGGGUGUUUUAAAGGACACAGACACCAAUGGAAAGAAAAGUCAUAUUUUACUAGGACUAUUAAGGCAACAGAAAAGUAAAAUAAUGCAUUCAAUAAAAAUGUGUGCUUGGCUUUAGUGACAAGCAAAAACAAGCAAGGUGAUCUCGUUACUAUAUGAGAGACAGGAUAGUGAUUGAAAAAGAUACAACACCAAUGCCCUGAACACUUUACCAUCAUCCAGAGUCCACAGCUGCUGUGGACCCCCAUUUCGCAGAGAGCACCUGGAGAACUCUUCCCAGCAGCUGGGAAAAUCCUACAUGGUGUGUCCACCUGUAGCUGAGGUCUCCAAAUUUACCCUGAAAGUGGGUCCAGCUUUUAAAGGCCCAAAUCACCAAGUCAAAGUGACUUGAUUACAUCUUUAGCACAGAAACACCUGCAUCUGACGGCACACUUCCUGACCUCAGAGGCAGGGGCUUGGCCAGAGCCCAGGCCUUGUCUGUAAGGAUUUCCCCCAAAAUACCAUAUGAACAAGCCUCUAUUUAUAUCAGUUGGGAAGAUUUCUUAAAAUUAUACAUGUCUUGCAGAUACCUACACAGGGUUAUGUGUAUAAGUUUCUGAAGAACUUGUUUGGUGUUAAACAGCUAGCACAAAUAAUAAUGAUGGUGUUAGUCCCAUAAUGCCCAGGGUUCAUCUUAUAAGUCAACUUUGGCUGAGGCCUGCUGCUCAGACCUAACUUCCUCAGCCCUCUAACUGGGUUCACUUUCCCAAGCAAAAGUUGUAUUUGUUUAAAUUGUAAUAAGCUCUAUUUAAGGAUAUUCAAUUUGUGCUAUAGUAAUUUAAGUUUUACUAAUUUUUUUUUAAAUCAAAAUGUAUUAAAUUUAAAAUGCUAAGCAACAAAAUCAGUCCUAGAUUUUCUGUCCUCUGAAUAUUUGAAAGGGUUAAAAGCACUGUGCCUAGGCACAUAUUCGGGCAAGACUCAGAUACAUUGUAACCAACACAGAAGCUAGCAAAAAUUAGUCACAAGCUAGAGACACAGGAUGAAACUUGGCAAGAAAUAUAGCACAGAACUUGCAAAAAGAAGGACAGAGCUUGCUAAGAACAAUGAGGAAAUCGUUGAAGCAGCUAACAAGAGACUGCGCAUGCCUAGAGGAGAAACAUGGAAAGGGCAGAGCGAUGAAGACCUCCAGCCUUCAUCAGGAGACGACCGAGGAAGAUGUGGAGCCUUCCUCAGUGGGGCCAGCGUGGGACUCUGCGCCUGCACUUCAUGAAUGCUAAUGAAAUACAACAACCAAGGUCACAUCCACUGAGUGCAAGUUUGUGGUUCCACUGAAAUUGGAUGGUGGUUCCACUGAAAUUGGAUGAUGGUUCUCCCUGCAGUGCUUUGUUCUCCCCUGCUGCUCUUACAGCAGGUGCCAAGUCCAGGUGGAUUUCAGCGAAGAAUGGAGAAACUCUACCAAGAGCAGGAAAACACUGACCACUCGACGAGCAGAGAAGACACACAGAUGUGAACCGUGCAGAGAUUCCAACCCUUGUGCUUCACCCACAGAGGAGUGUGGGAACUCAGUACAUCACUCCGGAUGUCCAGAGCUACCGAGACAACCCUUGGGGGGCUUGGAGGUCCUGGAAUGUUGCCAAAAGUACCUGGUGGCUUGACUUUGAUCCUUCUAAAGAAAUGACACCUGGAUAUGAGGAAAUGAGAGAAUUUCAGGCCUGAAUGGUCCUUCUGGAGAAGGAGCAGGAGCAGACUGCUUUCUCAGAGAUGCCAUGCCAGGCUCAGGGAGAGCUGUUCCCAGCCCGACAGCAGGAAGAGCAGCUCAGGCAGCAGGUGGAAGAGCCACAGCAGAAUGGCCAGAACAUCAAGGCAGAGCCACAAGCAGAGCUGCCCGAAGCUCAGAGUGCCAUCAUGGCAGUGAAGAGGAAGAAGAAGGAAGACAUGAGAAGAAUUCAAGAGGAGAUGAAUCUCCACCAGAACAGGAGCGAUCAACAAAACCAGGUAAGUGAAAGAGUGGCAGCCACUCCACUCAUGAAACUUCCUCUCCAUUGUUGUCUACAGACCAUCAAGGAAGAUGUGCAGGCAGAGCUGCAGGAAUCCGAAGAUAGGAACAAGGCGAGGGAGAAGAGGCUGGAGGAAAAAAUUAAAAUCAUCAGAGAGAAACUUAACCACCUCCCUCAGGCUCUACAAAAGCAAGGAGAAUGGUGACCAUGGAAAAUCCUGCAAUGAAAUACACUGAACUGGAACACAUUGGCAGCGGGUAUUUUGGAGAUGUGGUUAGAGCAGUGGACAAUGCCACAGGGGGAGAGGUGGCUAUAAAGAAAAUAAAUCUUCAAGGACUGAAGAGAAAGCAACUAACCUUUAAUGAAAUCAUGAUCAUGAAGAGGCAUAGGAGUCCCAGUGUUGUGAAUUAUUUAGACAGCUACCUUCUGGGUGAGCAACUCUGGCUGGUUAUGGAGUACAUGGACGGAGGUGCUCUGAGCGAUGUCAUCAGCAAGUGCUACCUGUCUGAAGAGGAGAUGGCAGCCAUCAGUCGGGAGUGCCUGCGAGGACUGGAUUUUCUUCACUCCAACCACGUGAUCCACCAAGAUGUGAAGAGCGAAAACAUCCUUCUCAGAACUGAUGGCUCUGUCAAGCUGGCUGAUUUUGGCCUCUCUACUGAGUUCACUCCUGAGCAGAGUGGAGGGUGCUGGGUAGCUGGGACUCCUUGGUGGAUGGCACCUGAAGUGGUGACAGGUCAACCAUAUGGCCCCAAAGUGGACAUAUGGUCUUUUGGAAUUGUGGCAAUUGAAAUGGUGGAACAAGAACCUCCUUACUUGAGCCAAAGUCCUGCCUCGGCCAAAUUCCUGAUAGCCACAGUAGGGACCCCACAGCUGCGGCAGCCCAAGCUCCUCUCGGCUUGGCUGCGUGACUUCCUGAGCUGCUGCCUGCAGACAGACGAGGAGCAGCGCUGGUCUGCCAAGGAGCUCCUGCAGCAUCCAUUUGUAACAUCCGCCAAGCCAGCCUCCAUCCUGGCACCACUCGUCAUAUCAAUGAAGAAGAGGAAGUAG